AUGAACCGAAAAAUUGGCUCCUUAGUUGUUCCUUCAGGUUCUCUCUUUGUCUUCCUCUUCAUCUCCAUUCUUCUCUUCACUUCCCUAAAUGAAACGAUCAUUGUCCCAUUUGCUCAGAAACUCACCCACAAUGUCCCAGGAGUUACAAGCCUUCAGAGGGUUCGAAUUGGACUCAUUUUCUUGAUGGUGGCUAUGGUAACUGCUGCUAUUGUUGAAAGGCAAAGGAGGGAAGUUACUGUUCAACACAAGACAUUCUGGCUAGUACCUCAGUUCUUCCUAGUGGGUGCUGGGGAAGCCUUUGCUUAUGUAGGACAACUAGAGUUCUUCAUCAGAGAGGCACCAGAUAGGAUGAAAUCAAUGAGCAUAGGACUCUUUUUAAGCACCCUUGCAAUGGGGUUCUUUGUUAGUAGUUUGCUAGUGUCUCUGGUAGACAAAGUGCUUAGGAGCAAUUUGAAUUGGGGGAAAUUGGACAACUUUUAUUGGAUGCUUGCAGUCCUAGGAGUAUUGAAUUUCUUGGCUUUUCUUGUCUUUGCAAUGAGACACCAGUACACAACACUACAGUACAAUAGCUCUGAUGUUUAUGGGGAGAAUGAGCUAAAGAAGGGAUGGAAUGAAGGUAUCACCAGCGAAAUGGAGAAGAAAGAGAGAGUUGAAGGAAAGGAGGAACCUUAG